AAGAAAGCAAAUAAAAUACUACCCAGCUGAUUCCUAAAGGAAAACACUUGGAACUGCAGUUUUGUUCUUUUUCGGGCAGAAGGGGAUUUUCUUUCUUCUUACUACAGCACAAUUAAGCAUUGAGCUGUUUAUACUGGUAGGAUGGAGUUAAUUCUGGGAACUACACGCGACAUCAAUGCAACAUCUCUAUUACAUUGCCUCUCUCCACGCAGUUGAACCAAGUUGGGAUUGGCGGCUCUAUCACAAUAUUGACUUCGGUCCCUUGACCCAGUUGAUUCCUUGAGCAGUUUCCCUCACCCAAACGCUACCUACAGCGAGAGGUGACUAUAUAUAUAUAUUUUUUUUUUUUUUUUAAUUUUUUUUUUUUUUUUUAAGAGGGAAGAAAGAAGCAAGGGGAGGAAAGGAAGGGUAAGAUUUUUCUUGCAGUAUCAGGGAUGUGGCGGGACCCCUGCGACCUGAGCAAACUGACAGCAGCCUGUUACCCUUCCCCUCCCGGCAGGACGGCGACGGCGGGAAGCGCUUGGCCCGUUUAAAUCCCCUCCCGCGGCAGCGGAGCCGCCGCCGCCGUCUCGGGGUUGAUUCGUAGCACCUUGCGAGGAAGUGAAACGUUUCGCACGGAAGGGGCGGAGCGUCCGCCCGCGGGCAGCGGCUCCUCGGCGGCGGCUAAUAACAACAUUAGGAGAUUAGCUGCAACUUCUCCCCACUUCUCUAACCUUUCCCUGCCGAUAAUUUACCGUGCUUCCUUCCUACUCUUUUAAUUUUUUUUUUAUUCCUCCCUUUCUUUUUUUUGGUAGGGAGAUACCCUCUUCUUGUAAACUAAAGAAUGGGGCGGAGGGGGUAAUCCAAGGCGUUUCUCUCUGUCCGUCUGUCUACCCCCCCUUCUCCCCCUCCCCCAUUUUUAAACCCCUUAGUCAGAGGCAGGGUGCAAACCAAAAGCCACCACCACCUGCUUUAGGAGAUCCUCCGGCCCACCGCACAGCCGCCUCGCUGGCAAGGCAGGGCAGGGCAGGGCAGGCAGGGGCCGGCGCUGGCGGGACGGACGGACGGACGCCCCUCCGUAGUGCCCGCGGCGGCAGAAGACGAGCGGCUGCUGCAGGGGGAGCGUCUUGCCGCUGCUCCUCCAGCGGCGUCUCCGUGCGGCGGAGGGGCCGGCUGGGAGGGGAGGGGAACCUGCUGCACGGGGCUCUGUUUACGUACACACAUAGCUGCGAGCGGGGAGCUUCUCCUGCCGGCGCGUCCUGCGAGCUGCCUGGAGAAUCCCGAGCUGGAGCUCUUCCGAGCGGGGCGGGAGAGGAGAGCCGAGGCAGGGCAUGAGUUUUAGCGCGAAAAGCGGCGCUUUGCUGAGCUCCCGGGCAGCGCGGUGGUGGUGGCGGCAGCAGCCGUCCUGGUCCUGCUUCGGUGGCAGCUGGCGGCGGCCCAUCCUGGACAUGUCCUACUCCCGUCACUUUCUGGAUUUCCAGGGCUCGUCCAUCCCCAGCUCCAUGAAGAAGCUGGUGGUGACUAAGCUGAGCCAAAACUUCAGGGAAGCGGUCACCCUGCAGCAGGACUCGCCCGUGCCACUCCCGGGAGACGGAGACCUCCUGGUCAGGAACAGAUUUGUCGGCAUUAAUGCAUCCGAUAUAAACUACUCAGCCGGUCGAUAUGACGCCUCAGUUAAACCCCCCUUUGAUAUAGGCUUUGAAGGUGUCGGUGAAGUGGUAGCGUUAGGACUCAGUGCUAGUGCAGAUUUCACAGUGGGUCAAGCUGUGGCCUAUGUGAAAGCAGGUUCCUUUGCUGAAUACACAGUUGUGUCUGCCAGACAAGCAGUCCCUCUACCCUCAGUGAAACCCGAGUUUCUCACUUUAAUGGUAAGUGGCGCAACUGCAUACCUCAGUUUGAAAGAGCUGGGAGACCUGUCUGAAGGCAAGAAGGUUCUGGUGACAGCAGCAGCUGGAGGAACGGGCCAGUUCGCUGUGCAGCUUGCAAAGAAGGCAAAAUGCCAUGUAAUUGGAACCUGCUCCAGUGAUGAAAAGGGUGGCUUUCUGAAAUCCAUUGGCUGUGACCGUACCAUCAACUAUAAAACUGAAAAUGUCGAGUCUGUGCUGAGGAAGGACUAUCCCGAAGGUGUGGAUGUGGUGUAUGAAUCUGUUGGGGGACAGAUGUUUGACUUGGCUCUCAAUGCCUUGGCUAUCAAAGGGCGCCUGAUAGUUAUUGGGUUUAUCGCUGGCUACCAAAACCCCACUGGCCUCCAGCCCAUUAAAGCAGACUUAUUGCCAGCAAAACUAUUGAAGAAGUCUGCUAGCGUCCGGGGUUUCUUCUUGAACCAUUACCUUUCUGACUACAAAAUGGCUCUGCAGCAUUUGCUCAAGAUGUAUGAAAGAGGAGACCUGGUUUGUGAGGUGGACUUUGGAGACAUGUCUCCGGAGGGCAAGUUCACUGGCUUGGAAUCUGUAUUCCGUGCUGUAGAUUACAUGUACAUGGGAAAAAACAUUGGAAAAAUUGUAGUUGAAUUACCUCACUCUGUCAACAGUAAGCUGUAAAAACAGAACAAUGAUAUAAAUCAGAAGCGAGAAAAUGGGCACUUUAUGCCUUAGAUUUACUAGAAACAAUUUCUUUUUUUAAGCUUAGUAAUGGAUAUUAUAUUAAAAAACAGCAUUAAAAUGUUAAUAAAAAGGGAUGGGUUUGUUGGGGUUUUUUUGUUUUGUUUUUAUUUUCUUAAAAGUGUUUAAAUCAGUGGCUGUAGCAGGGACAUAAUGGGCCUGUGUUUGAUACUGUCACUUAGGUUAGCGUGAGACAAGAACAUUGUUCUUGACAGAAUAAGUCUUGAUGCACAGGCAGAUUUAGUCUGUCAGCCUGAUUUGAUAAGACUUCAUAUGUAGUUCAGCUCAGAAAAAAAAAGAAGUCUUUCAGCGAUUUUGAUUCCCUGAUUUAAAAAUAAAAUUGUUAGAACAAGAAUAAGUAAAGAGUUGUAUCUUUGGGUUGCUCUAUUAAUCUUUUGAAGUUUCAGGGAAAAAAAUGCUCUUGAUUUUCUGUCACAAACAUGAUAAUCAUAAUUCAGUUGCAUCAUGGAUCAUAGUAAUAUUCCUUGACUGGUUACACAGGGAAAUUUAUCCUCCAAUUCUGACAUGUCAGUAAUAUUAAGCAACUUGACUUUUUUUUUUUUUUUUUUAAAUCCUGCCUUUCAUAACUAUAAACAACUGCACAAUUUUCUUUUAAAUCUUUAAGUUGCGAUGUAGUCGCAUUUUGUUGCCUUUUCAUUUUCCACUGCUAGUGUUUAUUGUCCAGUUCCCCUUCAGUCGGUAUUUAAAGAUUAUUGGAAUGGGAUUUUGAGCCAUGUUCAUGUGUGUUCAGGCCCUGUAUAUUUCUUUGAAGAUUAAAUAAAGUUUUAAAAGCUA